AUGCCACCGAAAGGUCGGAAAAAGGGGGGACCAUGGCCGAUGCCACAGUUCCAAGAGGACCCCGAUAUACGCGYCUACGCAGCUGCGGCGAUCAAAGAACUCGAAGCAUUGAAGAAGCGYUGYRAAGCGGAAGCCACUGGCAURCCUAUURAGAUCGCGAAGGAYGUGRUGGCCGGAUUCUURGACCURGCUCRCYGGGUCAAAGAGACUCCCACGAAUGAGCAGCUCGCGCAGCGCCUCACGCGCGUGGAAUUGAGUAUGGAAAAGACGUAG